AUGGCGGCCAGGUCUGCGUCACCUCGCCGUUCCAUUAGCCCCCAUGCAGGUCCCGCCCCCACGGGCUACCGCUUGCUGAUUGGUCGAGAGGGACCAGGGCGGGCUGUGAUUGGACGAGGCGGGGCCGGGCUUGAGGCCGCAGUGAAGGCGGCGAUGGACGGGUCGCUGUCGCUGUCCCUGGACGAGGCCGCGCUGGAGGUGAUGGAGGCGCUGGAGCUGCUGCAGCAGCGGCGGGAGCAGCUGGAGCAGCACCUGCGGCAGGGGUGGCUGUCCCUGGCUCAGGCCCGUUACUCCCUGGGAUGUCACCGCGUCUCGUCCCUGCAGUACGGGGCCACCAUGGUGCCCCGAGUCCGUGUGUGCCACAGGCAGGACCCCGAGGGACGCCCCCACUUUGAGGAGGUGCCUGGAACAGGGAGGGACCCCGAGGACCCCGACCCCCAGCAGGGGGGAGGUGACGGGCUGCGGCAGCGCCGGGGAGCCCCUGAAAAAGGGGGGACCCCCAGCCGGCCCCCCCCAGACCCCCUGGGCUGGUUUGGGGUCUUGGUGCCCCCCAGUCUGCGGCAGGCCCAGGGAAGCUUCCAGAAGGGGGUGACGCUGGCUGUGGAGGUGGCCGAGCUCCAGGCCACCAUGGAGGCUGCGGCCGCCCGGUACCGGCAGCUCCUGCGGCAGAAACGUCACCUGGAUGGGGACAAUGGGGACAGUGGGGACAGCCAGAGCUCCACAAGAAUCCCUGGGGACAGCAAGAACACCGAGGGUGACACAGCAACCACAGUGACUGUGUGACACAAGGACACGUCUGCAGGUGACACGUGGGGACACGUGUGACACUGUGAGCCACAGGGACACAGGUGGCACAGGGCUGUGCUGACCUUUCACAGGUGACACAGCUGCCACCAGUGACACUGAGGAGAGCAGCACCUGCCUGUGGGUGACACCAAGUCCCCAAGGCCUGCGGGUGACAUCGAGGUGACACCAGGUGACACUGAGGACUGCAGGUGACACCGAGCCCCGCAUGUGACUGAGGUGGGGGGGUCUCCCCAUGUCCCCACCCCCAAUAAAGCCACCCUGGUGCCACCACAGGGUCAUUUGUCACCGG